AUGGCUGGACUUGAACAAUCACUUUUCCAACUCAAGUUCACAGCAAAGCUGUUGAACCGACAGGCCACCAAGGCCGCCAAGGAGGAGCUUUCUGAGAAGGCAAAAACCAAAAAAGCCAUGAUGCAAGGAAACAGCGACAUUGCACAACUCUAUGCCCAAAACGCCAUCAGAAAAGCCAACGAGAGAGUGAAUCUUUUACGUUUAGCGUCUAGAAUCGAUGCUGUGGCCUCGCGAGUGCAAACGGCCGUGACGAUGCGCUCAGUGACUGGAAACAUGGCACUGGUGAUUAAAGGAAUGGACAAAGCGCUUCAGACAAUGAACUUGGAGAAGAUUUCGCUCGUCAUGGACAAAUUCGAGAACCAGUUCGAGGACUUGGACGCCUCCACCAACUACUACGAGUCUGCCACCAACAACGUGAACGCAUUGACCACUCCACAAGAAGAGGUGGACGAGUUGAUGAGCCAGAUUGCCGACGAGGCAGGCAUAGAGAUGAAGCAGGGGCUCAACGAGACCAAGGUGGACAUCCAGACGCCUCCUGUGGCGAACGUUACGGAAGAGAAGGAGGACAAGUUGGCUGAGCGGUUGCGUGCGUUGAGAAACUAG